AUGGACGGCGGCGAAGUACUCGUGGCUCAAGCCGAGACGGGCUGCGGCCACACCCUCGAGGUGGCCGCCGCCGACUCUGUCAUCGGUCUCAAGACGGUCCUCUCCGAGGUAACCGGCCUGGACGUCGGCUGCCAGAUCCUGCUGCUCGAGGGGGAGCGGCUGGAGAACGACGCUUCGCUCGGCGAGUACGGCCUGCCGGCCUCAAGCGGCGCCCGCUCCCGCCCGGUCUUCCUCUUCAACCGCCGCUCGCUCAACCGCUCCGCGCCGCUGCCCGACCCGCCCGGUCUGGCUCCGGCCGAGGCGCUCGUCCCGGAGGGCCUGCCCGAGGAGCUGCUGAGCGAGCGCUACGCCCAGUUCCAGGCCUCGUAUGAGGAGACGACGGCGCUGCAGCAGCAGCUCGUCGCGUCGUUCGACGCCGACCUCGCCGCCCUGCGGGGCGCGCCGCUCGACGACGCGAUCGCGGAGCUGGAGGGGUGGGGGGCGGGUGUGAGCCUGCUGCACUGCUGCGGCGAGGAGCGGCUCCGCUCGUGGCUCUCCGAGUGCCAGCACAACGCCGACCACCUCACCGCCAAGGCGGCUCAGUUUGCGCUCCAGUGGUCCGAACUCUGGCGUGAGCUGCAGGCGGGGAUCGCCCUCGAGGAGGAGGCGCCCGAGACGCACGCGCCGCCCUCCUCGGCGGAGCUGCGGCUGCGCACCACCUCCACGCUGCUGCAGCAGGGCGACUCCGUCCUCACCGAGCUCAGCCGCGACGCACUUCGCGUCUCCCGCCUCGUCGACGAGCAGACGCAGGUUGCGCCGGACGGGUCCCCUCUCCCCGCAGGGUCCCCGCUCCCGCCAGCCUCGCGCAGCAUGGCCGGCUCCUCCACCGCGGUCGGCUCCUUCGCUGCGGCGGGACCGGCCACGCCCGCCGGGGCCACUGACGGCGCGAGCGGCGCACCGCCCGACGCGGGCCGAGGCAGCGCCGCCGCCGCGCCGAGCGGAGUACGCGCGGGCAGCUCCGAGGCACUGGCUGGCUCCGAGGCGGUCGUUGUGGAGGCGCCCGCGGCGGACGCCGGCCACGCCCACCCGCCGCCCUCGACAAGCGCGAUCGCCGACGCUGCGCCUUCGCCGGACGCGUCUCUCGAGCGCAGCCCUCCUGCAGUCUGCCCCGAGCCCGCCGCCGGCUCGAUUGCGGUGGCGUCGGUCGCCGCCGCCGCCGUGGCGUCGGCUCGCGCUCUCGCGGCGCAGCAGCUGGCGCUCGCCGAUGACGGCGCCGAGGGAGCCUCGCCUGAGGCCCGCGCGUCCGGCAGCGGCGGCGAGGAGGGGGCGGUUGCGGAGGCGGCGCCCGAGGGGAUCGCGCGGUCGACCUCGGACGAGGGUGCGAGCCGCGCGCGCGACGAGGGGCGCCUGCCGAUCCAGCGCUCCCUCUCGGCGCAGUCCGCUCUCAACCGCGCCGGGCGGAGGAGGCGGGCCCGCGCCGACGGGCAAGGCGCCUUCCCCGCGCUCGCGUCGACGCCGCUCGCGGCGCUCGACCUGUCCGGCCGCUUCUACAACAGGGACGUCAGCGGCGAGCGCGACGUCGCCUACGCGGCCGCCGCCCUCGACGCGCUCGGCACUCCGAUGGAGGGGCUGCCGAUUGCCGCCGCCUCGCAGCUGCAGCGGCGCGUCACCGCGCAGGAGAGCGUCGCCGCGUCCCUUCGCCGGCGCGAGCAACUCUCAGACGGAGGCACGCCGGUGACCCUCGCCCUCACGGUGAGCGGCGGCGGCGUGGCGGAGGACCCCCCGACGGCGCAGCUGGCGUGCCGGCGGGUGCUCUCCUCCGAGCUCGAGGAGCUCGAGGCGUCGCACGAGGCGGGCGACUCGUACUGUGUCGUCCACGCGGAGAUGGUGCUGCCCCACCGGUGGGUCGUCAUGUGA